AGCAGUAAGACGCUGGCCGAAAGUCGCGAAGGGCUAGUGCGCGUCUCACAGAGGAGUUGUGUUAGAACGCAUGCUAUUCUCGACUUUUUUAAUUCAACAUUUGUGUUUUUAACUCGCUCGGCGGCAUUUUCGAAUAGCCUGUGACACUUCGAAGCCGUUUAACCUUGAAGUGAUUUUAUGUAAGUCGCCUUUUUAAUUCUCUGAGCCCUGAAUUGGUGGGUUGACCCUCGACAUGGAUAUUAGCUAGCUUAGCUAGUCACCACGAAACCGAAAUAACGGCCCAUCCGAGGUUUUGUGUCACAGUUUUACCUUCUUUAAACGUAGUUUAUGUGCCUGGAGUCGAGGUCUCUGAGGCAAAUUUUCGCCUUGGGUGUUGCCAAAGAAGAAUUGAAGUUCGGGAGAAGUAGCUAGUUGUGUAAGUUAGGGAAGAAAAGAGGUGGGAGAUGUUGACUAACGCCAACAGUCCGCCGAAGUUUCCAAACCAGCAGCAGCAACAACAGAAUCCAGCCCAAUUCAUGUUGGGAAAAGCCUCACUUCAAAUCAAGAAAAAUGCCAUAACCGACGACUACAAGGUCACUAGUCAGGUCCUGGGUCUGGGCAUCAAUGGCAGGGUUCUGGAGAUCUUUCACAAGAGGAGUGGGGAAAAGUAUGCUUUAAAGAUGCUUCACGACUGUCCCAAAGCUAGAAGAGAAGUGGAGCUGCACUGGCGGGCGUCUUCAUGUACUCACAUUGUCAGGAUCAUUGACGUCUAUGAGAAUCUGUAUCAAAACAGGAAGUGCCUUCUUAUUGUAAUGGAGUGCAUGGAUGGUGGUGAGCUGUUCAGUCGGAUACAGGACAGAGGGGACCAGGCAUUCACUGAGAGAGAGGCUUCUGAUAUCAUGAAGAGUAUAGGAGAGGCCAUUCAGUAUUUACAUGCAAUAAACAUUGCACACCGAGACGUCAAGCCAGAGAACCUUUUAUAUACCUCUAAAAGGCCCAACGCCCUUCUCAAACUGACAGACUUUGGGUUUGCAAAAGAGACAACCUCACUCAACUCUCUGGCCACCCCUUGCUAUACUCCUUAUUAUGUUGCCCCAGAGGUUCUUGGUCCAGAAAAGUAUGACAAGUCCUGUGACAUGUGGUCUUUGGGUGUCAUCAUGUAUAUUCUGCUCUGUGGUUACCCACCUUUCUAUUCCAACCAUGGAUUGGCUAUAUCCCCGGGAAUGAAGAAACGAAUCCGCAUGGGACAGUAUGAGUUUCCAAAUCCUGAAUGGUCGGAAGUUUCAGAGGAAGCCAAGCAGCUCAUCAGAACAUUACUGAAAACUGAGCCGACGCAAAGAAUGACCAUCACAGAGUUUAUGAACCACCCCUGGAUCAACCAAUCAAUGGAGGUACCACAGACGCCCCUACACACCAGCCGUGUUCUGAAAGAAGAGAAAGACACAUGGGAAGAUGUCAAGGAAGAAAUGACUAGUGCCUUGGCAACAAUGAGAGUCGACUAUGAGCAAAUCAAAAUCAAGAGGAUUGAAGAUUCGUCUAAUCCACUGCUGAUGAAGAGGAGAAAGAAAGCCAACAAUAUGGCUCCUGAAAAUGAGACGCACGCUUGCUAAGGACACAUUCACUCUGUCGCACAUGCACACACACACACAUUUUACACUCGUACAUCAGCUGAAAAGUUUGAUUUAAGGAAGCAAUAACUCAACAAAAUAGUUAAAGCGAGAGUAUUUCUUUUUAAUCACUCAACAUCUGUAACUAAUACACCACUUUGCUACCAAAACAAAGGGGCUGUACAAUUAUGAUACAGUACAAUUUGGAGUUAUGAAGCAGUCGACGUCCGCUAAUUUGCUCCUUAAAGUGUUCACAAGUACUGUUUUUCACAUGGUGUUUAGUGGGGUGUUUUUAUAAAAUUUUGUUUUAUUUGUUCCCUUUUUUAAUCAAAAGCCAUUGGUUCAUGAGUUAAACACACUUAACGCUGUUUUAGUAAUAAUCCAUUCUGAGUUAUGGGACGGCUCAUAAAUAAGUUGGCCUGUAUUAGAAUGAUUAUUCAGUUUGCUUCCUUCUGCUCAUGUUCUGAGAAGCCUAUGCAUAUUGCUAGCUUUCUUCGUUCUUUAUUAUAUUUGUCAUUUAUUUCUGCACUUGAAUGCUCUUUUACAGUAAAAGACAGUACUGGUGUCUGGAUGGAAAUGUAUUUUUGAAAUGACUCUUUGAAUGUAGACACACUCUGUUCUUUACUGUGAAAAUGUCUGUCAGUAUUGUUCAGGGUCCUGUCAGAUCUUUUUUGAGCUUUAGAUCCAGUUAGUCUUAUGUUGGCCUUUUUGAGAGGAAAACAUAGCAGAGCAUAUUGCCCCGCUUUCUCAUUGGUUUUGAUCAGGCUUACCAUGGAAAGGCAGUCCAACACAUUGUUUUAGCCCUCUGCUUGCUCUGUAAUAUGCUGAUUGCACGACAUUUUGGGUGCACAAUGAUUUGCCUUGAAUCGAUUCUAUGCAUUUGUUUUUCAACUAGUUUUUCCUCAGAGAUUUGUAAAGAAUGUUAACCCAUGCCCUGGCAUUUAUUUUCACAAAAACCUACCACCUUGAACCGCAAAACCCAUUUGUAUUUUCUGAAGUGUAUAAUGAAUGAUGAAAUGGGAUCUGUCGAAUGUACUCCUUAGUAUGCCAGUGCAUUUUUUUUUUUUUUUUUUUUGUGUUGUCUAUUUUCCAUGCCUACCAUGCAGUAAGUGUUUGAAUGCACCUAUUGAGAGCAGUUUAUAGGUACCAGGUGUUAAAGGAACAAAGAAACGCCCCCUUUGACUUAAGGCCUUGUGUUCUGGAAAUGUUUAGGGGAUACAGGGAAUCCUAAACAUCCAGCAGACAUUUUUUUUUUUUUUUUUUUUUUUUUUUUUUUUUUUUUAAACUGUAUAUUCAUUUGUUGUGUGUUUGAUCCUCUUUUAAGGAAAUGAUUUAAUGCUUACAAUGUUGACCGUACAGAGUCAGUAUACUCCCAAACAGCAGAUAUCUUCUGAGCGAUUUCAGUGCCCCUCUGUUUGCAGUUUCUUUGAUAUGGCCACUUUGUAGGAUAUUUUCCCUUCCUCAUACAUUCUUUUCUCAAAGCGAAGACAACAAUAUCAACCAAGUUGAAAAACAGACUCGAAUUCACACAGAAUUUUAUACUAACGUGUUACGUGUCCCAUUUUUAGUAUUUAACUGCUGUACUUAUUUCUUGGUCUGCUUCAACUUUGGAUUAAAACACCUAAAAAUCCAACCGUCUGUGUCUCAUUUAAACAUGUUGAAUUAUGUUAAGACCACCAUUUCUAGUAUGAGCAAUUUCUGACCUGUAUUUACAGAAGCAUUUGUGUGGAAUGUGAUGUUCUCAAAUUGAUCAUGUAUAUGAUGUUAUCCAGUUCUCACCGUCCCAAACCAAGUAAUAAAAUGCAGAUAUCAUGAGA